AACAGCUGUCCACUGUUGCGAUCCUACUUUAUCGGUUCUUGUCAUGUUGGUGUCUCGAAACGUUUUUCACGUGGUAUCAGACUUGCAGUCUAUUUUUUGCCUUUGGAACUAUUUUUUUUAAAGUUAAAAACCGUGAAGUUAAUUCGAGAUCAAUUGACUUUAAGAUCUUAUAUAUAUUGAAGCAGCGAUAUUUAGCGUCCCCUUUGCAAAUCAUGCAAAACAAGUUGACACUCGGUUAUAAUUGCUGCUCGCCUCCGGCUCGCAGCACACUGGGUUGGCUGUGGUUCCUGGGGGUCCCAGCCCUGCAGUAUGCGGACAGUCUCGAUCCAGCGGUGCCAUCUUAACUUGGAUGCAUCUACAGGCGCGUCCUUUCUUGCGCGCCUUCUCCGUGAGAGCAUGUGCUCGCGUUGCAUCUUCGACGUCAGAGCAUGAACAGUAGAUAAACAGAAGCUUGAAUUCACAACAAUGAAUCAGGUCGAAGUGGCAACCAAAUGAAAACUGACGAGUGACCCUGAACAAGAGAAAGCCCUGAAUUAGAAAGUUUUUGUUUACAUCUGUCGACUUUGACGCGCCGCAGUCAUGCUGGACCGGAUGAAACUGGUUCGCUUUGCCGAAGACAAACCGAACUAUAGCAUGAGGAGUCUUGAUCCGGUUUUGGAGGAACUCACAGGCAACAAGCUCGAGCUGGUGGGUCCAAUGUUAGAUGGCUUCAUCAGAAAAAUCGGCAGUGAGAUGUCUGCCAACCUUGGGAGAUCAAGAAUGACUGGGCUUAUGACUCCGGUUGUAUUGUUUAUGCCCUUUCAAAUAUUUAAACAACUUUGGGCGAUUGUUCAAGGACAUGGUGGAAAUGCCGAAACAAGCAAGUAUGGAGAAAGAAUAACCCUUAAGAUCUCCAGACCUCAAACCGCGGCCAUGGUAUGGGCCCCGGCUAGAUUUUCCGGGGAAAAUUUCCUCGCGAAGCGACACUUUGAAAAGAUCCCAGAGAACGGAAGAGUUAUUCAGCAUUAUAAUGGGAAAUCGCUUGUGGUUGUCACGCAAGCUACUCCGAUUCAGAUGGACUUUUGUGUAAAACAACAGCAGGUCAAAACCACGUUUUACGUGCAAAGAUAUGACCGAAAUGAUUUCGCCAAAGAUGCAACUUUGCAAAAGAUGAUGAAUGAAGUUUAAACUCGCAGUGAAUCGAUCAGCAAGACACUGUUUUAUUGCUGCGGAAUUAUACUCAGAAUACACUUGUGCCCUAGUGUAGGAUAUGAAAUAACUGAGGUUAUUUUGGUCUGUUUUGCAUGGCUGUGCAAGAAUUGGAAGUAUAUAAAAGGUUAACCACAACCCCCUGCACAUAGAGUGACAAACAAUAAUUGCUUGAUAAGGAUCAAACUUUCAGCCUACAUCACAAUGGAAAUAAUAAAAUAUUGACUAUUCAAUUUCUCAAAAUGGUAGUAGACUUUUAGUCUUAAUACCCGCGAAAACCCGUACGACUUACACCCGCUUUCGGUGUUACGUGCACAGCGACUAUCUUUCGACAUGCCAUCUCUCGACAUGCCAUCUCUCUGUGUGUAAAUGACCUCUUGCCACUAAUGAAACAACAACUUCAAAAGACUGGCAACAAUUAACCUGCUAUUUUUAUUUCGAUUGAAAUGAAUACACACGUUUAUAAUGAUUAUUAUGAGUAGAAAAUACUGUGUAAGACAAUUAUCACGUCCAUAGAAAUGUGGCAAGUCAAUAUAAAUACUCUUGUUCCUUAGCGUAAAGAUAUACAUGUAUACAUGAAUUGUAAUAUCCAUUGAAAUAAGUGCAAGAUUAUACAGGACAAUUUUGAACUCCGUGGAAAUAGAUUAUAGAUCACAGUUUAUAAAACUGUUAUGUUCCAGCCUUUAAAUGUGACAGUAAGUAAUUUUUUAUCUUUAAUUUAGAGAUCACUAAAACGUUCAUGAGUUUUUCAUCUUUAUAUAAGCAAAUUACCAUAAUUAAUUCUCAAAACAAUAAUUUACAAAUUCUUAUGAUCUUCAUGUAUUUAUAUGUAGAAAUACGGUAAAUGACAGAAACAAUUAAGAGGGAAUCCACCAGAAGUUCGAGUACCAAGUGGACAAAAACUUUGAACCGAGAUCAUUUACAUUACAUUAAAAUUUUACGACUGUUUUACAUCCGCUUUCAGUGUUACGUGCAUAGGCGACAUCUUUCGACCAUCUUUCGACAAGCCAUCUUUCGAUAUGCUAUAAAGGACCGUUAAACUGUGGAACUGGUAGUUUUUCCGGUUAUUAGCGAAGGAAAUGAUAAGUAAAUGAUAAUUAGCUACCUCAAAUGGCUGCAGAAGAUUUUGGACUUUGCAUGCUUCCCUAUUUACGGGAUGAUUCAAGCGAUUUAGUGUAGUCGAUUGGUUCUCAAUAGUGACUUCCGGUAGAAUUGGGCCGCUGUCGCUUUUAAUAUUCGCAACGUGUGAACAUUCAAAACAGUC